AAAGCGUCACAUGGUGCCCAGUCACGGCGAGCAGGAACCGCACAGUCAAUCGGAGGUCCUUCCACGCAGCUUCCAGUCCUCCAGCUCCACACUGAAAGAACCACAUCGACCACAGGAGAGGCAGCAGAUCGUCACAGAGCAGCUGGCAUACAGAACAAGACGACCUACUGCAGGACGCCACAGCCAUCAUGACACAGGGCAAGCUGUCACUUGCAAACAAGGAUUCCAAUGUCUCCUCCAGUGUUGAGGCUUUAGUGUCCCCGACUCCUCCCAGCUAUGAGGAAGCCACUGCAGGCACCAGCGCUGCUUACGAUGAUGUCGAGAUGCUCACAGAAUUCAGCUGGGAUGAUCGCAACAUCAGGAGGGUCUUUAUCCGUAAGGUGUACGCCAUUUUGAUGAUCCAACUUUUGGUGACUCUCGCGAUUGUGGCGAUUUUCACAUUUUGUGAGCCGGUGAAAAACUACAUCCAAUCCAACCCCGGCUGGUACUGGGCCUCUUAUGCUGUGUUCUUUGUCACAUAUCUGACGCUAUCUUGCUGCGCUGCACCGAGGAGACAGUUUCCAUGGAAUCUGAUUCUGCUCGCCAUCUUUACCCUUUCCCUGUCGUACAUGACGGGGAUGUUGUCCAGCUUCUAUAACACCAAGUCAGUGGUGAUGUGUCUGGGCAUCACAGCAGCAGUCUGUCUCUUGGUCACAGUCUUCAGCUUCCAAACUAAGUUCGACGUGACGUCAUGCCAAGGCGUGCUCUUUGUCUUCUGCAUGGUCAUGUUUGUCUCUGGAGUGGUGCUGGCACUUGUCCUUCCCUAUCAAUAUGUACCGUGGUUGGAUGCCACCUACGCUGCCCUAGGAGCCAUAUUGUUUACAAUGUUUUUGGCAUUUGACACCCAGCUGCUCAUGGGGAACAAGCGCUACACCAUGAGUCCAGAAGAGUACGUCUUUGCCGCUCUCAACAUCUACCUGGAUAUCAUCUACAUCUUCUCCUUCUUCCUCCAAAUAUUCGGCUCAAAACGGGACUAAACCAUCGUCUCACCUUUUCCCUGUAAGGGAUGGGAAUAUGAGCAGACGUGAUAUGAAUAUAAGCAGAAGUGAUUUUGAUGUUUUAUUUUAUGCCUUUUUCUGAUAAGUUCCCACAUACGUUGGGAAUAUCUUGUACAGCUAGACAUGUACAUAGAUGUACGUCAGUGUUCCCAUCCAAAAGAUCAACAACCUUUCCCUCCUCUAGCAUGUUGUUAACCCACCCCACAUUAUGGUUUGCUUACCAGCAAGAAACAAUCAGUGAUCAUGUUCCACUUAACAUAGACGUGAGUGUUCAUCUGAAGUUCUGUGGGUGUCUCUAAGUCCAUACCUGCUUGGACGCCACAAAAGUCCUGCAAACAAAACAAAAAAUGUCAGGGCCCUUUGAGAGGUAUGUGAUCCCCUAACACAUUAUGCAUGACUCUUAAAAAGACUUAUCUCUCUCAUGUGCAGUCAUUACAUCAUUGGGCUAUUGUUGGUAGUGGUGGUUGGAUGACUGAAAGCAAAAAUGUGAUUUAAAAAAACCUUUUCCUGUAUUUUCAAACAUUACCAAUGUUGUCUCAGUGCUGUGAAUUACAUGAAACCCCAUGCUGUUUUUGUCUAUGUGUUGCUUUUACUCCCUUUAACUGUGAGGCUGUCAUUCUUUGCCAUCCCAUUGCUGUGAUUACUAGUAGUAUGUCAUUUUUUUAAAUGUGUGUUUAAACCUGAAUGACGAUUGUGUAGACAUAUAUAUUUUUUUUAAUGAAAGACAUUCAUUUUUCACAUUAUCAUUUUCGGGAUGAUAUUAUUUAAACAUAUUAAUUUGGUCUGAAGUGGUUUCAUAUGAUAAUCAAAUAUAAAGAUGACAGUGCCAUACAUGCAUAUAUUCAUUCUAACUUUUGAUAAGGCCUGUAUUCAUGGAAAGACAUUUGAGGUUUAUUUUUUUAUGACAAUGAUAUAUUUCAGAUAGUCUGUGAUAUAAAAUAGUGAGUCUGAAGCUUGAUAUGUAUUCAUAAGUUGUCUGAAGUGGCCUUGGAUGACCUUUAUGUGCUGAUAUUGAUGCAAUAUAUUUUAUUUUUAGCACCCUGCAUUUAACCGUCACAUUAGUGUUAUUGUACUGAUUUAUUAAAGGGUGAAUGUGUCUGAAUGGA